AUGCAUACAACAUAUCUUACGAUUUUUGCCUUCCUGUUUGGUGUUGUGCUGGCUAUUCCAGCCCCAUCAACGCUUCUUCUGGACGAUGCUCCCGAUCGUCGCAUUGUCAACGGAACGGAUGCGUCCAUUCUUGACUAUCCCUUCAUGAUAUCGCUGCGCGGUAGUACCGGAGGGCAUUCGUGUGGUGGUAGCAUCCUGUCCGAACGGUGGAUUCUGACGGCCGCCCACUGCGUGGGUUCGACCACACCGUUCCUACAAACGAUCCAGGCCGGACGUACCAACAUAUCCCGCGAUGUAGAUGAUUCGGUGUACGCUAUUGAGCAGGUGAUCUCCCACCCGCAGUACGAUUCUCGCAACAGCUUCCUGAACGAUAUCGCGCUGCUGAAGCUGCAACGUCCCCUCGAGUUCAGUGACAGCGUUUACCCGGUGCGUUUACCCGAACCGUUGUUCGAGGUGGAGGACAAUUUGGAUGAUUUGGGCGUGACGCUGAUCGGAUGGGGUCUUACGGCAACGGGUGGAUCGGCACCAACUACACUGCAGCGCGUUGACUAUUACGUCGUACCGAACGAGGAAUGUGAUGCGAUUCACACGAGCACGAUCUAUCCUUCGCACAUCUGUGCUGCCAUCCCCGGCGGUGGCAAGGGACAGUGCAGCGGUGAUUCUGGUGGUCCGCUGCUUCAUCACGGCGUUCAGGUGGGCAUCGUUUCGUGGAGCAUCAAACCGUGCGGCGUUGCCCCGUAUCCUGGUGUGCUGACCAAGGUUUCGCAUCAUAUGGAAUUUAUUCAAAAGCACACGGGUAUCUUGAACUUACAGGAGGUGCCGAAAGAGCUGCGAUCCUGCACAGCCUGCGGUGAGCCCAUAUCGGACAAGUUCCUGCUAGACGUCGGUGGCUGUUCGUGGCAUUCGGCCUGCUUACGUUGCUGCAUCUGCCACACACCGCUCGACCACCAACCGUCCUGUUUCUUGCGCGAGCGUCAAAUCUACUGCAAAACGGAUUACACCAAGACGUUCGGUACCAAGUGUGCCCGGUGCAGCCGUACGAUCAGUGCCACCGACUGGGUGCGACGGGCGCGCGAUCUUAUCUUUCAUCUUGCCUGCUUUGCCUGUGAUAGCUGUGGGCGCCAGUUGUCGACCGGAGAACAGUUCGCCCUCGUAGACGAUAAGGUACUGUGCAAGACGCACUACUCGGAGAUGUUUGACUGCGGCACCUCGAGCGAUGACGGUUGUGAGGCGGACGGAUAUCAGAAGAACAACAAAACGAAACGUGUCCGGACGACGUUUACAGAGGAGCAGUUGCAGAUACUGCAGGCUAACUUUAACAUCGACAGUAAUCCGGACGGUCAGGAUCUGGAGCGGAUAGCAUCGGUAACAGAAAAAGCACGUUCAAGGUAUGAUUUUGUGUCAGAUCAAACGGGAUAG